AUGUCUCAUUCUUCGUCUGACAUGUAUGGAUUCUCGCACGAUCAGCAGUCGGGUUUUGUUGAGGACGGACUUUCUAUGAACGACAUGUACCCAAAGCACAACACCAAUUAUGCGAUUUCGCACGAAGGACCCAGCUUUGAAUUGCCGAUGCAUGGCAUGUCAGGUCAUGGUUCUCCAGCCUUGGGUGAUUACUCACAUGGAAUGGUCAAUCUGGAUGAAAUCAACUCGCAGGGAUUGCCCUCCUGA